AUGGCAGAUCCAUCACUGACUACCUCGCCACCGUUGCAACCAACUCAGCCACCAGGUCGAAGGAAUAGGAAGAAGUUGAGAACUGUCAGCGUACAUCAUACACGACUAUCGCCAGCGACUCGCACGCCGCCUGCCGAGAGUGCUCUGCGCUACUUCGUCGACGACAGUGGUCGCGUGACCGAGACUGGCGACCAUCCGGGUCCACAAACGCCCAUGCCAUGCUCCAAUUACUCGAACGCUGCACAAUCAGCAGGUCUGCCUAUAAUGACACUAAACGGCACGAUCAAAGGCCAUGACACAAGGCGAUCAAAUGCGACCAACGAUCAGGCCGCUACCCCGAGACUACCGCUUGAACCCGGGGUAGAAUCCUUGUCCACAGCAGUGCCGUUCGGUCCUCGUGCUCAUGAAGGUUUUCCAACUAUUUCAGUCAAAAACUCAGCAAGAUUCGGCCUGACGCGAUCGAUUCCUAGCCAAAUUGAAAACACUACACGACCCAGCAGCACAGCAGAUAGACCUGGAGCCAGUACACCACAGCUACUCAGGCUGGAGCCUCGAUGCCCUAUUCAAGGCUUCACCUACACUUUCGAUCCGGCUGGAACGACGGCUUUGCCAGAGACAAGGAUGAUCGUGUACUCCAACAAGAGCGGGCACGAUCUACUUCGAGAGAUCAAGCGGCCAGCGAACUACAUCGACCAGGUCACAGAGCAACGAACUCCUCCCAGGAAGUCAGCCAGGUACAUCCACCGUCAUGAUUCUGGAGCACAAGGUCUUGUCAUGCCCUCACCGACUCUAAACUCGGCCUCCAGGCCGGCAAGACGCCAGUCCACGUGA